AUGGCUUGCCUUGCGCAUGGUACCCUCGUAAAUUCGGGCUUUCCAGAAACCCGAAGUUCGAUGACCUCUCUGAAGAACCGCCUCCAUUUCAGCUUGAAUGCUUCGGCCUCAAUUCUCAGCUGUCAGAGAUGGAGCUCUCUUUCACCUCUCCACGUUAGGAAAUCUCAUGUGCCCUCUUGUUGGAAUUCUGCUGCGAGUGUCUCGAAUCUGUCCAACGGUGUUCUUGGCGUAUCCGCUUCAUCUAGCAACGAAAAUGGAAACGCCACCGGUAAGAAUGCUAAUCUUUUUAAGCUAUGUAUUGGGCAAAAUUAUCCUCCUUUUCUUGUUCUAAAAAUGCUAAUCUUUCUUUUCUGUAAUACGUCCGAAUGGCCAAAAUUAGUUAUUCUUCUCGGCAGCUUGUGAGUUUGAGUAGCAUUACUAGCUGUUACUCUUGUUCUACUGACCCAUAAUUAGCCCACCAAUAGUCGUAGAUUAUUGAUGCCUUUUUAUGGUAAUCAAGCAAGAACACAAGAACAGGUCCACAAGUGAUCGCCCAUAAGAGAAAGUCGGCCUUUUCCUUCUUGAUAUAUAUAUAUUAGUUUUGCAUGAAAACCGAAUGAUCUUGGGCAUUCACUCUUGUGAAAAAUGGAAUGGUAUUUCAUAAGAAAAUCCUCUUCGCCACGAGACGUUGACUUUACACAUCAUGAUAUUCUCCAGCAUUCAUCCUGGCAACAACCUUCCCCUGACAAUGUCUUAACCCUUCACUUCUAAUGAAAUCCAAUUUUUGUGUGAUCUGUACUGUAGAGGACAGAGUGUCGGCGCUGGUCAUAGGCGGCGGUGGCAGAGAGCACGCACUGUGCUACGCCCUGCAGAGAUCCCCAUCAUGCGAUGCUGUGUUCUGUGCCCCGGGCAACGCGGGCAUUUCCAGCUCUGGGAGCGCCACCUGUUUACCAGAGCUUGACAUUUCAGACAGCUCAGCUGUGGCCUUCUUUUGCCGAGAGUGGGGAGUUGGCCUGGUGGUGAUCGGACCAGAGGCCCCCCUGGUUGCCGGCCUGGCGAAUGACCUCGUCAAGGCAGGGAUUCCCACAUUCGGCCCCUCGGCGGAGGCUGCAGCAUUGGAGGGUUCAAAGGACUUCAUGAAGAAGCUAUGCGACAAAUAUGGGAUUCCCACUGCUAAGGUAGAUUUUUUUAUCCCUGAUUCAUUCAAACAACGAUGGAGUGCGAUUUUUUUAAAAAAAUUGUUAGAAAUUUAUAACUACUAUUAUUUUAGUCAUAAUAAUGAUGAGAACUUGCUGUAAUAGGAUGAUUAUGGCGUGAAAGUUUACAAUAUUUUAUAAUCCGAUGAGUUCUCUCAUCCGAAUUUUAUCUAUAUUAUUUAUUAGUAAGCUAGUUUAUUAUUGAUCAUCUGGUUUGAUUGCCUGGUCUUCUUCUCAACUAAAAAAUACGAUUUUUUUUAUUUUUCUUAUUUUUUUCCUGCUUGAGUUCUGAGAUUCGAAUCGUAUAACUGAAUUCUUCAUCUUUUUCUUUUUUUUUAUUUGGGGGGGGUUUGGGGGUGGUGAUUAUUUCAGUACCAAACAUUCACAGAAGCAUCGGAUGCGAAGAGCUACAUCAAGGAGCAAGGAGUACCGAUUGUUGUCAAGGCCGACGGCUUGGCCGCCGGGAAAGGCGUGGUGGUCGCUUUAACCUUGGAGGAGGCCUAUGAAGCUGUGGACUCUAUGCUUCUCGGCGGUGCUUUCGGCUCUGCCGGAUCUCGGGUCAUCAUCGAAGAGUUCCUAGAGGGAGAGGAAGCUUCCUUCUUCGCCCUGGUCGAUGGCGAGAACGCUCUGCCUCUUGAAUCUGCUCAGGACCACAAGAGGGUUGGCGACGGAGACACCGGCCCGAACACUGGCGGCAUGGGUGCCUACUCGCCCGCGCCGAUUCUGACCAGCGAGCUCCAGUCUCUAGCCAUGGACUCGAUCAUCCUUCCCACCGUAAAAGGGAUGGCCGCAGAGGGCUGCAGAUUCGUCGGCGUCCUCUAUGCCGGCCUCAUGAUCGAGAAGAAGACCGGGCUGCCGAAGCUCCUCGAGUACAACGUCCGCUUCGGCGAUCCCGAAUGUCAGGUCAAAGAUCUAACCAAGAAAGCUGGCCUCCGCAGAUUGUUUUCUAUGCUUGGGUGUGUAAUGGUUAACAUCCACAGGUUCUGAUGGUCCGCUUGGAGUCGGACCUGGCGCAGGUCCUCCUGGCAGCAUGCCGAGGGGAGCUGCCCUCUGUGUCUCUGAAAUGGGCUCCUGGGUCGGCCAUGGUCGUCGUGAUGGCGAGCAGGGGCUAUCCAGGCACCUAUGAGAAGGGGACGAUCAUCAAGAACCUUGACGACGCAGAGCAAGUUUCUCCAUCUGUGAAGGUGUUCCAUGCAGGCACUGCUCUCGAUGCUGAUGGCAACUUCGUUGCGGCUGGCGGCCGGGUGCUCGGCGUCACGGCCAAAGGGGAGACCUUGGAAGAAGCCCGCGAGAGGGCUUAUGAUGCUGUUGGAGUCAUCAGCUGGCCCGGCGGGUUCUACCGGAGGGACAUCGGCUGGCGGGCUCUGAGGCAGCACGUUUCCAAGUAA